AUCCACAAACCCAACAUGAAGAUUUGUCUCGGGAGUAUCAAUGCUUUUUGAAGAACAAUAUCAGCUGUGUAAGCAGACCACUACACCCGAUGGCUGAUCUUCUUUCCAAUUCCAUACCCAACUUCCCACUCUUUAAACCCGCCCAUACUCCUCCCAAGCUCUUUCACCCAUUUUCACCUCUUUCAAGAACCUCCACAGCUGGAAGAUGGAGCAGAAGAAGAAGAAGAAAGCCGCCUCAAAUCAUAUUCUUUUGCAAACCCAGUUCCCAAGAUCUUGCUGUCAUUUCAACCCACGAACAUGCUGAUGGUAGUCUGAUAUUCCGGUUUGGGGAUCCAAGUGAGCUUGCAAAAGAGGAGGAGUUGGUGGCAUCCAAGCCUGAGAAGGUGGGGAGUGAAGAUGUGGAGGAAUUUAGUGUGGUGAAAGUGUUGGAUGGAGAUUGUGAGAGAGAAGUGAUUGUUAAGAAUGUGGAGAGAAAAAAAGUUAGGGCUGAUGCCACUGUUACUAAGAUUUCUGAUUCAGUAGCAAGUAGGAGUGAAGGCAGCAGUCUUUUGGAACGAGGCAUAGAAUCAGAUGAUGAUUGUUUUGGAUCUUCGGUUCACCAGACAGGAUUGCUUGACUGUUCUGCGUCCGAGGUCAGUACAAAGAAUGAUGUACCUCUUGAUGAGAUUGGACUAGAGAAGGAUGGGGGCCGAGUUACAAUCGAAUUGACAGAUACUGUGGAAGUUCGGGCAGAACAAAGUGAUAGAGAAUUGAGUGAGAAAUCUGCCUCUGAGGUUUGUACAACGAGUGUCGUGGCUCUUGAGGAGAAGGAUUGGGGCGAAGCUUCAAUUCCAUUGACAGAUAAUGUGGAAGUUCAGGUGGAAGAAUUUGAUACAGGAUCGAGUGGGGAAUCUGCCUCUGAGGUUAGUACAGAGAAUGUUGUACCUCUAGAGAAGGAUGGGGGCAAAGAAUCAGUUCCAUUGAUAGAUAAUGUGGAAGUACAGGCAGAACAAGGUGAUAAAGAAUCGAAUGUGAAAUCUGCUCCUGAGCUCAGUACCGAGAAUGUUGUACCUCUCGAGGAGAUUGUAGUAGAGAAGAGUGAUGGUGAAGCUUUAAUUUCAUUGACAGAUAAUGGCAGUACUUCUGUGGAAGUUCCAACAGACCAAGGUAAUAGAGAAUCAAGCGAGAUAUCUGCCUCUCUAUUCAGUACAGAGAAAAUUGUUACUCAGGAGGAGAUCGUAAUAGAAAAGGAUGAGAGUGAAGUUUCAGUUCCACUAACAGAUUAUUACAGUGCUUCUUUGGAAGUUCAGGCAGAACAAGGUGAUAGGGAAUCAAGCGAGAAGUUAUUAGAAGAUUCAGUCGCAGAAUUGCAGGAUUCUUCUGGCUCUGAGGUCACCAAGGAAAAUGCUAUACCUGUGGAUGGGAAAUUUUCAGAAGAGCAUGAGGCUGAAAGCUCGGUUUCAUUGAGAGAUAAUGAUGGCACUUCUGCACAAGUUCAAGCAGCAGAAAGUGGUGGUGAAUCCGCGAUACAAUCAAUAUCUUCUGAUGUUGAUUCUUCAAUGAAUGUAACUGUCAAUUAUGUCGAUCAGGAAAGUAGUGAGGAUGAUGACAGCUUUAAACAUUUCAGUACUGAUACUGUGGAGCAGAGUUCCUUAAAGGACAGUAUUGAGGACAGUGGUGAAAAUCAGGUCAUCCAUUUGUCUAAAGAGGCUGAAGAUAGCCAGGAAGAUGAGGUGGUUGAACUAAUUCCCACGUCCCCUCCUACAGAGGCUGAACCAAUUCUUGAUGAAGAAGUAAGUCAGAUACAAGAACUUCACGAUCCAGACAAAACUGAGAUACCAUUGUUGCUCAACAACAACUCACCAAACUUAUUACUGCAAGUGGCCGAACAGACUGAAGAUGUAGAAAGCAGCGUGCCUACAGAAGCAUCAGGUUGUGGAAUGGUCGAGGUGGAAUCUACUGUAGCCUCUAUAACCAGUAAGGGCAUUCAAACAGCACAACUUGUGCUAUCUUCUGGUGCUGCUUUAUUGCCACAUCCCUCUAAGGCAUUGACAGGUGGAGAGGAUGCAUAUUUUGUGACUAAUCAGAACUGGCUAGGCAUAGCUGAUGGAGUUGUUCAGUGGUCUCUCGAAGGAAUUUAUCCGGGAUUAUAUUCCAGAGAACUCAUGGAGAAUUGCGAAAAGGUUAUAUUGCAGUCUGGCAGUGAUUCGGGAACUGAUCCUAAGAUAGUUCUUAAACUGAGCGUGGCAAAAGUAGAGUCUCCUGGAUCCUCGACAGCUUUGAUUGCACACUUUGAUGGUCAGGCUUUCCAUGUGGCUAAUAUCGGAGACUCUGGGUUUCUGAUCAUAAGGAACAGUGUCAUAUAUAAAAAGUCAUCUCCAAUGCUCCAUGAGUUCAAUUUCCCUAUGCAAAUCGGAAGCGGUGAUGAUCCCUCUCAAAUUGUGGAGGAAUACAGAAUUGAGUUAGAUGAGGGGGACAUCGUGGUCACCGGAACUGAUGGUCUUUUUGACAAUUUGUAUGCACAAGAAAUAGCAUCAAUUAUCACGAAAUCGUUGGAAGCUAACGAAACACCUAAGGAAAUUGCUGAGAUCUUGGCUACAAGGGCACAGGAAGUUGGUGGCGCCGCAUCGGGAAGAACCCCAUUUUCUGAUGCAGCCCAAGCAGCUGGAUAUGUGGGGCAAACUGGAGGAAAGCUUGAUGAUGUAGCUGUUAUUGUGUCACUGGUUCAAAAUCCCACUCACUGAGUGGCAGACAGACAGGGUAUAGUAUCAACUGCUUUAUGUUGUGGCAACAUUAUUCUGGUUCCUUAACCAUCAUUAUUCAAAGAAAAACAUGUUUUCCUCUUCAUCUUCCUGUUAUCUUAACUUGGGCAAUCCAUGUUGGAUGGCCUAGUUCUUUUGCAGUUGACCAUUUUAUUAAUCAAAAGCUUAUGGAGAAAAGCAGAGUGAUUAGUCUUAGAUAGCUGUGCUAAUCUUCAAUCAUUAACUUUCUGGAAAAAAGAGGUUUUGAUGUUUGAAUAAGUUGACUUUUCUUCAA